AUGGAACUGAACAAGACAACCAGUGUUCCCUUGGAUAUUUCCCUUGUGGAAAUGCAACCAAGUGCUUGCCUCAGCUACUUCAUUGUAAUGGGGUAGAUGACUGUGGAAAUCAUGCUGAUGAAGAAAAUUGUGGAGACAACAAUGGAUGGUCUCAGCAACUUGAUAAAUAUUUUGCAAAUAAUUAUAAAAUGAUUUCCCCAUAUCCUUUUGAGACAGAGUCCUCUGAAUGCUUGGUUGAUUCUGUGCCAGUGAAAUGUCUAUGCCGAGGUCUAGAGCUUGACUGUGAUGAAGCCAACUUACGUGCUGUCCCAUCUGUAUCUUCAAAUGUGACUAUGAUGUCACUACAGUGGAACUUACUAAGAAAACUUCCCAGUGAUGGCUUCAAGAAGUACCAAGAUCUUCAGAAGCUGUACCUGCAAAAUAAUAAAAUUAGAUCUGUAUCUGUGCAUGCUUUUAGGGGACUGCAUAACCUUACUAAGCUGUAUCUGAGCCACAACAAGAUAACUGUUUUGAAGCCUGGUGUAUUUGAAGAUCUCCACAGAUUGGAAUGGCUGAUAAUUGAAGAUAACCAACUCAAUAGGAUUUCUCCAUUAACAUUUUAUGGACUUAAUUCUCUUAUCCUCUUGGCACUGAUGAAUAAUUCUCUUGUCCAUUUACCUGAUAAGCCACUUUGCCAGCAUAUGCCUAGACUACACUGGCUAGACUUUGAAGGCAACCAUAUCCACAAUUUAAGAAACAUGACUUUCAUUUCCUGCAGUACUUUAACUGUUUUGGUAAUGAGGAAAAAUGAAAUCAACCACUUAAGUGAAAAUAGCUUUGCUCCCCUUCAGAAACUAGAUGAACUGGACUUAGCAAGUAACAAGAUUGAAGUUCUUCCUCCUUACCUGUUUAAGGACCUGAAGGAGCUCUCCCAACUGAACCUUUCCUAUAACCCAAUCCAGAAAAUCAAAGCAGACCAAUUUGACUACCUAGUCAAACUCAAGUCUCUAAGCCUAGAAGGAAUUGAAAUUUCAAAUAUCCAAAGAAGAAUGUUUGCACCUCUUAGGAAUCUAUCCCACAUAUAUUUUAAGAAAUUCCAGUACUGUGGCUAUGCUCCACAUGUACGCAGCUGCAAGCCAAAUACUGAUGGAAUUUCAUCAUUAGAGAAUCUCUUAGCAAGCAUCAUUCAGAGAGUGUUUGUCUGGGUUGUAUCUGCAGUUACAUGCUUUGGAAAUAUCUUCGUCAUCUGCAUGCGGCCUUAUAUCAGGUCCGAGAACAAACUUCAUGCCAUGUCAAUCAUCUCUCUCUGCUGUGCUGACUGCCUGAUGGGAAUAUAUUUAUUUGUGAUUGGAGCCUUUGACCUCAAGUAUCGUGGAGAGUACAAUAAACACGCACAGUUAUGGAUGGAUAGUACCCACUGCCAGCUAGUAGGAUCUUUGGCCAUACUGUCCACGGAAGUAUCAGUUUUACUGCUGACUUUUCUGACUUUGGAAAAAUAUAUCUGCAUUGUCUAUCCUUUUAGAUGUUUGAAACCUGGAAAAUGCAGGACAAUUAUAAUCCUGAUUCUUAUAUGGAUUAUUGGGUUUGUGGUGGCUUUUAUUCCAUUGAGCAACAAGGAAUUUUUCAAAAACUAUUAUGGUACCAACGGAGUCUGUUUCCCCCUUCAUUCGGAACAGGGAGAAAGCACAGGAGCACAGAUUUAUUCAGUAAUUAUUUUUCUUGGUGUUAACUUGGCAGCCUUUAUCAUCAUCGUUUUUUCCUAUGGGAGCAUGUUUUACAGUGUUCACCAAACUGCUGUUACUGCAACAGAAAUCCGGAAUCAUGUUAAAAAGGAAGUGACCCUUGCCAAACGCUUUUUCUUCAUUGUGUUUACGGAUGCCUUGUGCUGGAUACCCAUUUUUAUAUUGAAAUUCCUCUCUCUGCUUCAGGUAGAAAUACCAGGUACCAUAACUUCUUGGGUAGUGAUUUUCAUUCUGCCUAUCAAUAGUGCUUUGAACCCCAUUCUCUACACUCUAACUACAAGACCAUUCAAAGAAAUGAUUCGUCAGGUUUGGUAUAACUACAAGCAAAGAAGAUCAAUCGAAAGCAAGGGCAGUCAGAAAACCUAUACUCCAUCAUUCAUUUGGGUAGAAAUGUGGCCAGUUCAGGAGAUCCCACCUGAGUUAAUAAAACCUGCUCUUUUUACAGACUCUUGUGAAAUGUCACUAAUCACUCAAUCAACAAGAAUCAAUUCAUAUACAUAACCAUAUUCUAAACUUAGAAAAUCCACAAAGAACACCGUCAUCUGUUUCAAAGUGGACUUACUAUUACCAAAACAAAGCUAUAAAAUAGCUAGUUUAUACCAGACCCAGAGGAAGAUUUAGAAAAUACCAAUAGAAAGUCCUCCAGUAUGCUGGAUCUCUUUGGCAGAAGAUUUAUAGAAGGGAUAGCCACAGAUGGCACAGGAUAAGAGGAUGCACAUGAAUGGUGAUUUGCAUCAGUCAAAGGACCCGUACCAAUGAGUUCAUGGAUCCAAAGAAGUAUACUAGAGGAGGACAAACUCAAUUAGCUAACAAGGACAUCUGAUUGCAGCUCCUCUGGAAAAACAAAAGGGGCUCAAUUCCACAUAGAGGGAAAUAAAUUAUAGAGGACAGUGAGCCAAAAGUAGUUCAUAUAUUGCAUAGGAAAUUGAAAAAAAAUUUCACAGAGAAUCGUUUGGAUCUAUUUUCAAUCUGCAAUGUACAGUUAUUCACAUGCAACAAAGAGGUCAUCUGCUAAAUAAUUGGGUUCCCAGUAAUUGGUGGGGACUUUGUAGUUCAGCAAAUAUAAGAAUUACAUGCACUUUUUUUCCUGAAGUUUCUUAUAAAUAUAUGGAGAGCACUUGGUUUCAAAGAAUCAGAAAAAGUAGCAGAGGGAAGCACACUGGAUUUGGAAUCGGUGGACAUGAGUUUGAAUCCUGGUUCUGAGGCUUAGAACCUGAGUAACCUUGGGCAAGUCACUCAAGGUCCCUCUACCCCUAAGUUUCCUCAUCUAUUAAAUGCGGGAUUGGAAUCUAAGGGUGGAUCUCUAAGGUCCUUUCCAGCUUUAAAUCUAUGAUGCUAUGAUCUUAAUCAUUUAUAAAAGACUCAGAGAUAUUUCUUCAUUAAGAAUCCACUUCUUUCAUUUCCUCUUCUUUGAGAACACCUGUACAUACACCUCACACAUGAAGCCAAGUACUGUUACUAACACUUACCUGGAUGGUUUUCUCUCAGUUUUAAGUGGACAGCAAGUAGCAGCUGGGACUAUGGACACACAGUCCAUAUUUUGUAACAAUGUGGAUCCGGGAGCACACAGCAACGUCCAAACAAGAAUAUACAGCAAGUAGCUCUAAUGCUUUUCUGCAGGUCAGGAAAAGUUCAAGGGACCUGUUGUCAUGUAAGAGGAGAGUUGACACUGAAUAAUACACCUUGCUAUGUGCAUGACCAAUUCAUAUGAUAACUACUUUGUGACUAAAUGAUUUUCAUCUAAGAACUGCUAGAAUAUUUCCAAUUUGAAAAUUUCUCUAAAGAGGGAAGAUGUGUUUGGGUUUUUGUGCUAAACAAACAAAAAAGGAAUUUUAAGUGUGAUUUUUAAUGUGUUUACAAGUCUUCAAAAUAGCUUACAAUAAGGAACUGAUGAGUAUGUGUAUAUACUCUUUCUUUUGACAAUAAAGUUACUUGAACCAUAA